UUGGUCCCAAACACUGUCUGAAUCAGGCAAAAAAAUAACAAGCCGCGUGUUCGUCUUCGUCAGUCAAACACUUUUCUCUCAGUUGGAGGCAGAGAAAGUGUGUGUGUUUGUGUGUGUGUGUGUGUGUCCGGCAGCGGAGGAAUAUACGAGCCGCCGUUACUCGUCGUUUAUUUACUCACCGCGCUUGUUGUCGGCUCUCGCUUCGUCAUGGUCAACUCGGACAGUGACGUGUGAAGGAAUCUCACCUGGACUCGGACAACUCUCCCGCACCCGCCGCCACGAUUUCUGACGCAGAACACCGAUCCUGUUGUUGAAGGACGCACACUAUACAUUUUUCUCCUAGGAUAAAAUACAGUAUGAUGAACACGCAGUAAUCAGAACUCCCAGACGUUGCACAACCGUGGAAACCCGGUUUGAAAUGAUGAUGAUGAUGAUGCAGGAGUCGGCCGCGGAGACAAUAAGCAACAGUUCAAUGAGUCAAAAUGGAAUGAGCGCCCUGAGCGGCAGCCAAUUAGAGGCUGGCAGUCGAGACGGCAGAUCAAGUGCUGGUGACACCGGCAGUGGAGAAGUAAGCACAGUCGAGCUGCUGCAUCUGCAACAACAGCAGGCUCUACAAGCGGCGAGGCAAUUACUCCUGCAGCAGCCAGGCAGCGGCCUGAAGUCUCCAAAGAGCCAGGACAAGCAGCGUCCACUGCAGGUACCUGUGUCAGUGGCCAUGAUGAGUCCCCAGGUGAUCACCCCACAACAGAUGCAGCAGAUUCUCCAGCAGCAGGUCCUCUCUCCCCAGCAGCUUCAGGCACUGCUCCAGCAGCAGCAGGCCGUCAUGCUGCAGCAGCAACAUCUGCAGGAGUUUUAUAAGAAGCAGCAAGAGCAGCUUCAUCUACAGCUUCUGCAGCAGCAGCAUCCUGGCAAGCAGGCGAAAGAGCAGCAGCAGCAGCAGCAGCUGGCCGCCCAGCAGCUCGUCUUCCAGCAGCAGCUUCUACAGAUGCAGCAGCUCCAGCAGCAGCAACACCUGCUCAACAUGCAGCGGCAAGGCCUGCUGUCGCUGCCUGGGCCCGCACCCGGCCAGGCCGCCCUGCCCGGACAGACGCUGCCCCCUCCAGCAGGUCUGAGUCCCGCUGAGCUGCAGCAGUUGUGGAAGGACGUGACUGGAACCGGUGGCCACAGCAUUGAAGACAACGGCAUUAAACACAGCAGCAGUGGCAACGGUACAGCCGUCGGUGGCGGCGGAGGUUUGGACCUCUCAACCACAAACAACUCAACGUCAACUACCUCCUCAUCCAACCCUCCCAAAGCGUCGCCGCCGCUCUCACACCAUUCCAUCGUCAACGGGCAGUCGCCGGUCCUCAACCACAGAAGAGAACGGGACAGAGAGCGUGAGCGAGAGAACUCGCAACAUGAAGAGAACGGCGGCACCCACCCUCUGUAUGGACAUGGAGUCUGCAAGUGGCCUGGCUGCGAGAGCAUCUGCGAGGACUUCGGACAGUUUUUGAAGCAUCUAAACAACGAGCACGCCCUGGAUGACCGAAGCACCGCCCAGUGUCGAGUCCAGAUGCAGGUGGUUCAGCAGCUGGAAAUACAACUCUCUAAAGAGCGUGAACGUCUGCAGGCCAUGAUGACCCACUUGCACAUGCGACCCUCAGAACCCAAGUCCUCCCCCAAACCGCUCAACCUGGUUUCCAGCGUCACCAUGUCAAAGAACCUGCCCUCAGCGUCACCCCCAAACUUACCUCAGACUCCCACUACGCCCACGGCACCCAUCACACCCAUGGCAGCUAUGCCACAGGUGCCCUCCGUGUUGGGCGGUGCCAACGUGCCCAGCAUGGGCGCUAUGCGAAGACGCCACUCGGACAAGUACUCCAUGCCAAUUUCGUCAGGUGGUGACACAGUAUUUAUUUUUCCAGAGAUUGCCCCAAACUACGAGUUUUAUAAGAACGCAGAUGUCAGACCGCCGUUCACGUAUGCAACCCUCAUAAGACAGGCUAUCAUGGACUCUGCUGACAUGCAGCUAACGCUUAACGAAAUCUACAGCUGGUUCACGCGCACCUUCGCCUACUUCAGACGCAACGCCGCCACCUGGAAGAACGCCGUCCGCCACAACCUCAGUCUGCACAAGUGCUUUGUGCGCGUGGAGAAUGUGAAGGGAGCUGUGUGGACGGUGGACGAGGUGGAGUACCAGAAGCGCCGCUCACAAAAGAUCACGGGGAGUCCGUCCCUGGUCAAGAACCUUCCCUCCAGUCUGGGCUACGGAACCGCCCUCAACGCAAGCUUACAGGCAGCGCUCGCCGAGACCUCGCUCCCCCUGCUGGGCACCCCGGGACUCAUGAACAGCAGCGCCGCCGGUCCAAUGGGUGGCUGCCACGGACUCCUUGGCGGUGACCCAUCUGGACUCAUGGGAGGCAGUCCACCCGGGCUGCUUGGGGGAAGCCCGCCGGGUCUUCUAGGUGGAAGCCCCCCAGGAACUAUCAGUAGCAGCCCUCCCACCCUGCUGCACGCCAACCACGAGGAGCUGAACGGGUCUCUGGAUCACCUGGACACUAACGGACACAGCAGCCCUGGAUACUCCCCUCCAGUACACAUCGGCAGUUUGGGCUCCAGUUUGACCCGAGGCCACAGAUCAGUCUUCACAUGGCCGCCAGUUCAUGUGAAGGAAGAACCGCUGAACAUGGACGACGACGACUGUCCGAUGUCGCUGGUCACGACGGCUAACCAUAGUCCAGAGCUGGACGACGACCGGGAGCUGGAGGAAGGGAACUUGUCGGAGGACCUUGAGUGACUAGGGCAGGUUUUUAGCCCUGUCACUUUGCCGCACUACUUCUCCCACACAGACUAAAAACCACUUCCCGCCGUUUCUCACCACUGGGACUAUUUAUUGAGCAUGCAUCCGGACAGAAGGAACUCUAUGUUGGAGACCUUAGGGAUUCCCGAAAAACCCAGACAGGCAUAAGAUGCCUGUUUCAUUAAAAAAAAAAAACUGCUUAGCGACAGCGUGGGCCCAACAGGACGGAGGAGCGAUGGAAUCCGCGGCGUCAUAUACUGCCAAAAACAUGGUUUAUGUGAAUAUUCUAGUUGUUGCUGUCUCCUGACAAUUGCUGGUUCAAUUCUUCAUUUGCACACCACAUGUUCCCGAAAUUUCCGUCACUGCCUGUUUGUCGCUUCCCACUUUUCUUUCUUAUCCUGUUUCGUUGAAUUUCCGAGCCACAUAAGAGCCACGCCACCUGAGAGGAACGGGAAGGACUGUUCAAAAUGAGGCAACGACUGCCACAAGGCUAGCUGGUGUGUGGCACCACGUGCUUCUCUCACACGGUCCUCCUCACCUCCUCGUCGGGAAAAAGCUUUGUCUACCUGAAAACAGUCGCAGGCAACAGCUAGAAACCAAAGCCAAUGUGAGCGAACGGCUUCUGGACGGGAGCCGCCCACCAAACCGGUCCGACUUCAGUACAAAGAGACGCUUUCUGUUCCGCUAAAACUACCUUCGAAUAACUCUGGGAUUGUUUCACUUUUGCCCAAAAAACGGCGACCAGGAGACAAAAAAAAAAGAAAAAAGAGGGGAACAUGUGAUGCGUACUUGUGAUGUAGCGCUGGAUGCUAACAGUGACUCAUGACCAAAAUGUGUAUGUGCACUCCAUGUGUUCGUAACCUGGUGAUUAUUUAAAAGUGGCAGUUGUGUUCCGAUAAAAAACAGAAACCUUCGCUAACCAAACAAUAUCUAGUGAAGCCAAAUAAUCUCAUGUUGAAAUGACGAGGCUACUCUGCUUGGUUAAGAAAAGAUCGGUUCUACAGCCAUCGCAGUGUUUUGUAAUGAUACAAAAGAAUUGUAGAGAUUUGGUCUCGUCAUUUCCUCGCAGCUAAAGUAAUCUCAAAAACGUGUUGCUUUAACGCUCAUUUCUGUUUUCAGUAGGGUUGGGUGCCGAGCGCGAUCUACUUUUUCAACGAAUAAUACCGAUUAAAUAGGAGUCGAUUAUGUGGACACAACACAUCAAUACUUUCAACGGCAGGAUCGCUCCACUUGCUUGCUGCAGUUGCACUUGUCAGACUCAAGUUUACUCAGAUGGGAAACGUGCUUUCGAAGAGGUUGUCGCCAAAGAUCUGUUUUUCUUAACUCAUCUAAGUCACUACUGUCCACACACAGUCAGAACCAAGCGGAAAGAGUAGGGUCAACCUCCUGCUCGAAUUUGCUACCCAGCAGAAUAAAACAAUGUGCAAAGGCUCAACCAAAAAGAUCAAUGUUACCGAAGUUUGCCAAACCAAAAUAUUCACCGAGAGGUUUUCACGAACAAAGGUUAGAUCAGACUUAAAAAGACUGAACAACCUGUGGUGUCCCCAAGGGACUGUUCCAGAUUCUGUGUUGCAGGGGUCAGUUUUCAUUACCCUUCUUUAGCUGUGGAACAAUAGUCAAGGAUUGGUUGGCAAGAAUCGUCCCAUCAGACUUUUUUGGAUCCUGCAUACAUGGGUAACUGGAUUCCGCACAAAUUUGCAGAACACUGGGACCUGUGCAGGGUUCUCCUCAGCUAUCUCAACACUGGGAAACUGACCCCCCCAACGAUUUUUCCCGUGUAGGGGGAGUUUUCCGCUGUUUUUGUCAAUAUGCAGAGAUGUGUGACUCGCAAUAUCAGUGCCGCCAUCCCGCCACUAGGAGGGAAGACGCCCCUUCAGAGAGAAAAAAAACUGGGAAGAACCCUGCUCUUUAGGUCUCAUGUCGUUCUUAAAUUUUUACGCGAGCGGUACCCAACCCUAGUUCUCAGUAAACCAAAGUUACACAAAGUUCUGCCUCCUCUUGUACACAAAAACAACUAGACCGAGGCUUGCUAGCAUCUUGGCUCGGACACAGCUAGCAGUUUACUCCUUUGCAGAUGAACAAACGUGCGAUGAUGAGUGAUGUGUAAUACUGUAUUACAGCUUUACGAAGGUGGCUAAGUUCCCCUCCAGCGGGGCGCAUCUACUUCUUUUAAUACUUGGCUGGAGUCUGCGACGUGAAGAUGAAGUUCUGAACAAACGUACCAAAUAACUAGUACGCUGUCUUUCAACAUGAAAAAAAAGGGUUUCCCACUUUACCCCCAAAUCUCUGAAAGCUUCUACCUCUGCACCAGACGAUUUCAAUUCCGCACGCUCCGACACAAACCAACGUUUACAUUCCCCGCGAUCCGGAAGCUAGCAACGUUACGUCCUGAGAAACUUCGUAGAUGGAUGACGUAGAUUCAACCUGUGAGGGAAUUUUGUGUUUAUUAAAACAUGCAUGUGGAAAAAAAAAAGAAGACUGGAAACAAUAAAAAUCUGGACGAAAUAUACGAAGAUGUUACCUCAAAGUUCCGGGACGGUCCGCCACAGAAAUGUUACCUGUAGAGUGCAUGUAUUUUUUUUUUGGUUUUUUUUUUUGUACAAAUGAAAAAUAGUUGCUUGCACAUGAACACCAGGAAGACCUCCAGAACUGAUCUCCACUAGAUUUUAGGAUUGUCUGGACUUUCUGGCUUUAAUUUGUCUGUAUUUUGAUAACUGUGCAUACUUAUGUAUAAACGAAAACGGAAAAAAAAAAAUUCGGUGGAGGAAUUUGCCGAUCUUCUUUUCUAUAAGAGAAAAAUAUCUGUGUUUCUUUCUGGGAUUUUUACUGUUUCAUUGCUCGCUCGAUAGCAAACCUGCUUUUCUGCAUCUGCUUUGCGUAGCUGUAAGGCUUUAACCUGACGUGUGUAUUUAUUGCUUGUACCUCUGUGGAGACUUUGACGAAACAUUAUGACCGGCAGUCAUGUAUCCUUUCUACGGCUUAAUAAGUGGGACUCGCACCCUUCUAUGUAUACAGUCGAUCGGAACCGUAGCAAACAUUUAUGUACUUGGUGGUUUUAUUUCCCACUUUCUGUUGGUGGUUAUGAGUUCCAUCCCAUUACUGUGUACUGUGUCUGAGGUUCUCCAACGUUUAGAAGGUCAUGGUUGAAAAUUGAUCUUAUUUUCUGUAUUCAUGGCAUUUCACUGCUGAAUAAAAUAAAGGACCAAA